GUCAGCAGAUGCGGUUUUCCUUUUUUACAUGACGCGGUUUUGACCAAAAUAACACAUUAGAGCUGGAUUUUUUAAAAUAGUUUAUUGAUCUAAGUUAGGAAGGCUCUGGUUUCACCCUCAGUCUCGCAGUUAAAAUCAUUUUACGCACACGUUUCUGCGCGCUUGGUUUGGAGACGCAGCUUGUUAGUCAGAGCCCACGGCGCUGAAUUAUCUUCGUCCUCGCACCUCCCCGGACAAUGUGGCUUCCCCGCCUCGCGCUGCUGCUGCUGCUCCGGUUCUCCGGUGUAUUCCUGGUGGAGGGCUUCAACACCUGCCAGUCCAUCAACCUGGACGCGCAGAAGUCUCGACGCAUCGAGGCGGUGCGCGGUCAGAUCCUCAGCAAGCUCCGCAUCCGCAGCCCUCCAGAUGACGACGACGAGCCACUACCGAGCUCGGUGCCCCCGGAGGUCAUGCUGCUGUACAACAGCACGCGGGAGCUGCUGAAGGAGCGCGCGCGCCAGGCCGAGUCCGCGUGCGAGCGCGAAAGCAGCGAGGAGGACUACUACGCCAAAGAGGUGCAGAGGAUCGACAUGCUGUCCCCCCGCACCGACACAAAUGCGGUGCAGCCAACAGCACCCAGCCCCCACUACAGAGUCGUCCACUUUGACGUCAGCGGAGUCGACCUGACUAACAGCACUCUGGUCAAGGCUGAGUUCAGGAUCUUCAGAGCCCCCAACCCACAGGCCCGGGCCUCGGAGCAGAGAGUGGAGCUCUAUCAGCUGCUAAAGCCAGAUGAAGACAGCACAUCCACUCAGCGUUACAUCGACUCGCGCACCGUCCAGCCAAAAGUCAAAGGAGCCUGGAUCUCUAUGGAGGUCACAGAGACUGUAAAGGACUGGGUGUCAGAUCCAGAGAAUAAUCUUGGCCUGAAGCUGGGCGUCCAUUGUCCCUGCUGCACCUUCGUCCCAUCCACCAACAACAUCGUUCCCAACAAGAGCGAGGAGCUGGAGGCCCUGUUUGCUGGCGUGGAUGAUGAGCGGCUCCGUCAGAUGAGGAAGCCUGGUCAGGUGAAAGGACAGGCAGACUUCAGCACCAAGACGCCGCACCUCAUCCUCACCCUGCUGCCCAGUGACAGAGUGGAUAACCCGGCCAGGAAGAACCGCAAGAAGAGGGCGGCCGCCAUCGACACCUCAACCUGCUCCCGUGGCUCGGACCAGGGCUGCUGCCUGCGCUCGCUCUACAUCGACUUCAGGCGUGACCUCAACUGGAAGUGGAUCCACGAGCCAAAAGGUUACAAAGCCAACUUCUGUGCCGGCAACUGUCCUUACCUCUGGAGCGCCAACAACCACUACAACAUGAUUCUGCCCCUCUACAACAAGCUGAACCCCGAGGCCUCCGCCACACCCUGCUGCGUUCCUCAGGACCUGGAGCCCCUCACUAUCAUGUACUUCAUAGGCCGCACACCGCGUGUUGAGCAGCUCUCCAACAUGGUUGUGAAAUCCUGCAAGUGCCGCUGAGGGAGGCAGACGGACUAAUUUCAGGACCAAAGCUACAAACUGCUUCUCUCAGGGGGGGACACACUGAUCCUCUGUUCAUUAAGCUUCGCACCUCAGAUUCAUGAGAUGUUAUUUUUUUAAUGCUACAUGACUCCAGUAUCAGGAUUUUGCUUCCCAACUUCUGCUCUUCAUGCUCUGGAACUUUCUGUUUGACUGGAACACUGUAAAUACGGCAACUCAGCUCUAUUAAACCUGUACUUGGAUAUUAAAAUGAAACGGGGGUUGCUGUGCGCCUGCUGCAUGAAAAGGAUUCUUUUUAUCAGGAGUUUGAUUCCCCCUCCGUCGUUCUCCUGCGGCCGUGGGCAGCGGGGGCAAAGCUGACGUGUUUGCUUUAGGUUUGAAGGUGUUGAUGGGAGGGAGGCGGUGUGGAAAGGUUUGCAGGCUGACUGAGAUCUUUAGGCGAAGGAGGCCGGGAACAGAUAGAAAAGAGAGAGAGGAGCUGUGUCCAGGCAGAGGCCCCCGCCAGCUCUCUGCGGUCCCGGGCUGAAAUCUGCCUGCCGUAAACAGGAUGUGAAAGAUUUCCAGACACCGACCCGACCACUCACGGAACGCCAGAUUUAAACGCUCCCCUCAUCUCCGCUGUCGCGCUCUCUCUCUCCCUCUCUCUCUGGUGCUCAAAGUUCUGGGAUUUGUGGUGGGAGGAGAGAGGGAGAAAAGAGAGGCUUUGAAAAUGAGACGUGGGAUGAUAGGGCUGUAUUUGGAAAAGCUGCAAGUUUGGAAGGUGGUAUUUUGCAGCCUUAGCAAAUUUGUAACUAUUCGGGUCUGGCUCAAACAUUUCAUAAUCGCACUCUCAUGCUCCUCUGCUGAAUGUGCCUUCAUUAUCUUUAUGUAAAAAGCUGUUGACUCAUUGCUGAGGUUGUAUUUUGUCAUACCUAUGUUUAUCAUCGCUCAGAGUCUCUCACUCUCUCUCUCUACAGCCGAGUAUUCACAUUGACCACUUUUGAUAGAAUGUCUAAAAGCUGAAAAUAAAAUUAAAAAAAACCAAAACAUCCCCAGGGCUCAUUUUAAAUAUAGACUCUCUGGUAUGCCAGUGGUUUGUGUGUGAGAGCGAGACAGACAGCGACUGGGUGCGUGUGUGUGUGCACGUCUGCACUGUGUGUGUGUGUGUGUGUGAAUGUAGCUAGUGAGGUCAUGCGUGAUAGCACAGAAGUCAUUCCUGAGGUUUUAUUGUGAAUUUUAUUGUGAUUGUGUCUGAAAACAACAACAAAAAAACCCCAUCUGCAGCAGAUGUUCUCUCUGUGACUUUUCUUAAAUGUAUGCGUGCAUGUGUUUUGAAAACCUGCUUGACAAUAAAGUUUUAGCUGAAUAGGAAGCGGUCCAGUCCCAGUAAGUACGAGGCUGUGACAACAACAUCAGUUAUAGAAGUAUUAAGCGGGCCAGUGGUUUUUAUACUCUCACUGGUGUUACGCCACAGGAAACAUCGCCUGCAAUAAAAUCGUGUAACUGGAUACUUCAAACA